AUGAGUAAUAUUUACAUUCAAGAGUCAGCUACUCGUGGCAAAGUUGUUUUAGAUACAACUGUUGGUGAUAUUGAAAUUGAACUCUUCUCUAAAGAAUGUCCAUUAGCAUGUCGAAAUUUUGUUCAAUUAUGUAUGGAUGGUUAUUAUGAUGGUACAGUUUUUCAUCGAGUUGUACCAAAUUUUAUUGCACAAGGUGGUGCUCCAACUGGAACAGGUGAAUGCUUCGCAGAUGAAUUUCAUACACGUUUACGUUUUAAUCGUCGUGGUCUUGUUGGUAUAGUUAAUCAAGGACCAAAUACUAAUGCUAGUCAAUUCUUUUUUACUUUAGGUAGUACUCCAGAACUUGAUAAAAAGAAUACAUUAUUUGGCAAAGUUGUUGGUAAUACAUUAUUUAAUAUGUUGAAAUUAGGUGAAGGAGAAAUUAUUGGUGAAAUACCAGUACAUAAACAUAAAAUAAUUAAAGCAGAAAUUAUAUCAAAUCCAUUUGAUAAUAUGGAAUCUCGACCUCGAGCUAAAUCACAAAUGAUUGAUGAUGAUAAUGAUGAAAUAAAUAAAAAAUCGAAAGAAACUGUACAAGCUAAAGCAAUCAAAAAUUAUGGUCUUCUUUCAUUUGGAAAUGAAGCUGAAGAAGAUGAAGAAGAAAUAACAAAAAUUUCAAUGACAUUCAAACAAAAAGGAACGGGAAAAAGUGCACAUGAUUUAACUAAUGAUUCAACAUUAAGUAAAAAUACAGUUGUAUUAAAUGAAAAUAAUGAAGAAAGUGAUGAAGAAUUACCAAUAGAAAAACAAAAUUUUAAAAUAAAAGAAAAAAGUGAUGCAGAUUUUGAUAAAGAAGAACUUGAUCGAGUACGACAAAAAUUUAAUGCAAAAAAAUUAGCUCAGCAAGAAAAGAAAAAAACACUUCAACUUGAUAUUGAUGAUGAUGAUGAUAAUCAAAAAGAUAUUUCAUCAACAAAAUCGUAA